CUUGCUCCGGCCUCGCAGUCAGUCCGCGCCCAGCGACGUGCGGGCAGCCCCGAACCCCAAUCUGCAUCCCGCAGAGACGCCCCCGCCCCAUCCCGGCGUUGCAGUCACCGCCCGCUGCGCGCCACCCCCAUGCCCGCCGGUCGCCCGGGCCCCGCCGCCCAAUCUGCGCGGCGGCAGCCGAGGCCGCUGUCCUCGCUGUGGUCGCCUCUGUUGCUCUGUGUCCUCGGGGUGCCUCGGGGCGGAUCUGGAGCCCACACAGCUGUGAUCAGCCCCCAGGAUCCCACUCUUCUCAUUGGUUCCUCCCUGCAAGCUACUUGUUCGAUACACGGAGAUACACCUGGGGCCAGUGCUGAGGGUCUCUACUGGACCCUCAAUGGGCGCCGCCUGCCCUCGGAGCUGUCCCACCUCCUCAACACCUCCACCCUGGCCCUGGCCCUGGCCAACCUCAACGGGUCCAGGCAACAGUCCGGAGACAACCUGGUGUGUCAUGCCCGGGACGGCAGCAUUCUGGCUGGCUCCUGCCUCUAUGUUGGCCUUCCCCCCGAGAAGCCUUUCAACAUCAGCUGCUGGUCCCGGAACAUGAAGGACCUCACUUGCCGCUGGACCCCGGGCGCACACGGGGAGACGUUCCUACACACCAACUACUCUCUCAAGUACAAGCUGAGGUGGUACGGUCAGGACAAUACCUGUGAGGAGUACCACACUGUGGGCCCUCACUCCUGCCACAUCCCAAAAGACCUGGCCCUCUUCACCCCGUAUGAAAUCUGGGUGGAAGCCACCAAUCGUCUGGGCUCAGCGCGAUCUGAUGUUCUCACACUGGACGUCCUGGACGUGGUGACCACGGACCCCCCACCGGACGUGCACGUGAGCCGUGUUGGGGGCCUGGAGGACCAGCUGAGCGUCCGCUGGGUCUCACCACCUGCUCUCAAGGACUUCCUCUUCCAAGCCAAGUACCAGAUCCGCUACCGCGUCGAGGACAGCGUGGACUGGAAGGUGGUGGAUGACGUCAGCAACCAGACCUCCUGCCGCCUCGCGGGCCUGAAGCCCGGCACUGUAUACUUUGUCCAAGUGCGUUGUAACCCAUUCGGGAUCUACGGGUCGAAAAAGGCGGGAAUCUGGAGUGAGUGGAGCCACCCCACCGCUGCUUCCACCCCUCGAAGUGAGCGCCCGGGCCCGGGCGGCGGGGUGUGCGAGCCGCGGGGCGGCGAGCCCAGCUCGGGCCCGGUGCGGCGCGAGCUCAAGCAGUUCCUCGGUUGGCUCAAGAAGCACGCGUACUGUUCGAACCUCAGCUUCCGCCUGUACGACCAGUGGCGUGCUUGGAUGCAAAAGUCACACAAGACUCGAAACCAGCACAGGACGAGGGGAUCCUGCCCUCGGGCAGACGGGGCGCGGCGAGAGGUCCUGCCGGAUAAACUCUAAGGACAGGCCAUUCUCCUGCCACAUGCAGACCGGGAGGCUCGCCUCACUCAGUACUGUCACUUUGGGGGAACCGGAGAAACACCACCAGGGGCUGGGGUAGGCGCAGUGAACUCCCACAGUCACAGAUUUGGUCUGCAUGAUGGUCAACCUUGGGUGUACCCCAUGUGGGUGGGGUUGGAGUAAGAAUUUUGGUUACCCAGGGUUCUCCAAGAAUCUCUUUAAAUAAACCAGGUCCUUUGAUGGUG